CUGACAGUGAGAGGUGAGGUGAGGUUGGCUGUGUCGCUCGAUGCAUUAAUCAUGCAUGCCUGGCUUUUUUGGCCACUAGUUAGUUAGUUAGGAAACAGGAGGGCAGCUUGUUCUUCACACUGCUUCCAUGGCUUCUUCUGGAGAAAGCACGCUAUGGACCACCCUGUGUGUGUGCUUCACCGCCCUGUACGCAAGUGCAGUGACGGUGACCGUGAGGGAGUCCACCAUCGAGGUGGUCCGAGGGGAUUUUGUCAUCCUGCCCUGCUCCUUCUUCACCUCCAGCCCCCUCUCCAGACUCAACAUCAUCUGGACACUCACCCCUUUCUCCAGCCCACAGGCCCCCAUUCAGGUGAUCGUGUAUGACCAUGGUCAGGUUAUAGAGGACCCCUCCCUCAUUGGCAGGGUGGCUUUCACAGGCAUCCCUUGGAGUGCAGACAUCAUCAUGAAUGACACGCGUGUGUCUGAUGCUGGGACCUAUCGCUGCAUGGUCAACAAUCCUCCAGAGACAGCAGAUGCUGGCAUAGGAGAACUGGUCCUCAGCGUGCUGGUGGCGCCCUCACUGCCAGCAUGCCACUGGGACGGAGACAUGGACACAGGAGGGAGUGUGAGGUUGUCCUGCGCCGUGGCCGAAGGCAUCCCUACACCGGAGAUCCACUGGGAUAAACUCAAUCCUGAGGAGAUUUCUCUUCCUAUCAACAUGGAGGACGAUCUGUCCGGCUGGGUCCAAAUUGUCAACGUGUCCUCUCAGACGUCCGGCCUGUAUCGCUGCUCCGCCUCCAACCUCCUGGGAACAGAGAACUGCUACAUCAACCUGUCCGUCUACAGUGCAGUGGCAGGCAAUUCCUCAGGGAUCCUACAGGGGGUGCUAUUGACACUGUCCAUGGCUCUGAUGCUGCUGGCCCUGCUGGUGCUCAUCCUGUGGCUUCAUCGCACGGGUCAGGAUGGACGAUGGAGGACCUCCAAGCAGGAAGAGGAGGAGGAGGAGGAAGGCUAUAAUGAGAUCCGCUACACUCCGUCACUGAUAAAGCGUUCCUUUGUUUGACCAAGAAGAAGGUCGCCAUUUUUUUUUAAAAAAUAAACACUCCAAAUUCUG